CACUAGUCGCAAGGCACCGUGUGCGCUGUCUGAAAGCGGCGUAAAACCGUGUGUGAGUAAGUGAUUAGUUUAUAUUUGUGUAAAAUCUGGAGGAAAAAGGCCGGACCUUUACACGUUCAGCAGAGUGAUACUGACAAGUAUGGGGUUGCUGUUUGAGUCACUUCUUCUGGAUGUGGGGAUCCUGGUGGCUUGUGUCCUCUCAGUGGUUUACGCCUAUUCCAAGUGGUCAUUCUCUUACUGGAAGAAACGUAAUGUACCGUAUGUCGAACCGUGUUUCCCAUUUGGAAAUUUCGGGGAGGUGGCUUUGAUGCGGAAAGAUUCCGGAUAUUUAAUCAGAGACAUUUACACAAGGCUUGAAGGGCACAGAUAUGGAGGAAUGUACAUGCUCAACAUUCCGCUAUUAUUCCUCCGAGACCCUGAUCUAAUAAAGGAUGUACUAGUUAAGGAUUUCACUACUUUUCAUGAUCGUGGUGUCUAUAUGAAUGAAGAAAUAGAACCUCUGGCAGGGAAUUUAUUUUCAUUACCCGGAAAGCGAUGGAGAAACCUUAGGGUCAAGUUGAGCCCAACUUUCACAUCCGGGAAGUUGAAAAUGAUGUUCCAGAGACUUGUAGAAUGUGGAGACGAACUGAAACUGUGCUUGGAAAAUAUUGCGGGAAGGGGAGAGGUUAUUGAGGUCAAGGACAUUUUGGCUAGGUUCAGCACGGACGUAAUUUCGUCCUGUGCUUUCGGUAUCGAGUGCAAUUGCCUGAAGAAUGAAAACGCGGAAUUCAGACAGUGGGGAAGAAAAAUUUUCCAACCAUCAAUCGGACAAAUAAUCAUUGGAAUUUUAUCAAAUACUGCACCAGUUGUAUUAGAUAAGCUAAAAUUAUCUACUCUUGAUUCAGAUGUUUCCAAAUAUUUCCGCAAAAUGGUGCAGGAAACAGUUGAAUAUCGCGAAAUGAAUAACGUGAAGCGCAAUGAUUUCAUGCAACUGUUGAUACAGCUUAAGCAGAAGGGCAGCUUGGACUCCGAACAGGGAGCUGAGGACCGAAGUGACGAAGAAUUCAGUGGAACUGGUGAAACAGCGGAUGGUCUCUCGAUGAACUCCCUGGCUGCCCAAGCUUUUGUCUUCUUCUUUGCGGGUUUCGAGACAUCCUCGACUACCAUGACGUUUUGCCUGUACGAGCUGUCAGUAAACCCAGACAUACAGGAGCGCCUGCGCACCGAGAUCAACACGGUGCUGGAGAAACACGACGGGAAACUCUCAUACGAAGCCGUCCAGGAGAUGAGCUACUUGGACAAAGUUGUAUCAGAAACUCUCAGAAAAUAUCCACCACUUUCAUCUUUAAUGCGCCAGUGUUCGAAGCCGUACAAAAUUCCGGAAACAGACAUUGUUUUGGAUAAAGGAACUCGGGUUGUCAUACCCGUGAUUGGUCUACACCUCGACCCUAAAUUUUACCCCGAACCUGACAGGUUUGACCCCGAACGGUUCAGUGAGGAAGAGAAGCAGAAGAGACACCAUUAUGUCUAUCUUCCUUUCGGAGAGGGGCCCAGAAUUUGUAUAGGAAUGCGGUUCGGAUUGAUGCAAACCAAGGUGGGGCUGGUUUCUCUUCUGUCCAAAUACCAGUUCAGUGUCAGCAAGAAAACUCCUGUUCCUCUGAUGUUCGACGCAAAGUCAUUCAUAUUGGCUCCUGCCGGAGGAAUGUGGCUGCAGAUUGAAAAUAGGAGAAUGAAAUAAGCUGAACUCCUGCUCUGGAUGCAAGCAACACAAGCCUUACGACACAGCACAUUCGUAGACACGAAACCGUCCUCAAUCCAAAAGUCUCAGUGGUAUAAAUUGUUAUUAGUUAUAACUAACUUUCUCAAGCGGUUAAUCGCCGGCUUCCCACCACGGUAGCCCGGGUUCGAACCCAAGUGAGGUUAUGUGUGA